AGCAUAUCCCACCACCAUCUCCCCUUCCAUUAGUCAACUCGAUCGUCAUGGCUACCCUCAACGACUCUCGACUGUUCGACGCUGUCGCAGCGGGGACUCUGCGCCAAGUUGUGGACCUCGUCGCUCAACCGCUUACGAAUGUGAACGACACGAAGCGUAUCAACAAGGUGCUGUACACACCGCUGAUGCUCGCCGCCGAGCUCGGCUACGUCGAUAUCGUCAAGACUCUCCUAAAUCGGCCAGACAUUCAACUGAAUCGACCGAGUGCUAGUGAUGUCAAGAAAACGCCAACGCCGUUGAUACUCGCGGCAACCAAAGGACAUUUGGAUGUAGUGCUAGCCCUCCUAGCUCAUCCAGACGUGGAUGUGAAUGUUUCCAUGGAGAGAAACAUCACAGCAAUUCAGAACGCCGCCGCCAACGGAUACCUGGACAUUGUCGCAGCUUUGUGGCCCGGGGCGAACCUCCUCAGCCAGCGUCGAAGCUUGGAUGCCGCGCUGCGUGGCCAGAAAUUCGAAGUCGUCGCGCACAUGGUCGAAGCGGGCGUUGAAUACGAGCCGACGUUUCGGGGCAAACUCCUGUUGGAGUACGUGGCGCCAUACUUGACGUUGGACGGCCUCGUGUUGAUGUUGGCCAAUGAUUUGCCCAUCAUCAUCGUAAGCGACCUUGACGCCAACACCACCAACGACCAACUUGGUGACCCUCGCGUCGUGCCGAACCCAGACCACCGGUACUCGUGGGCAGCAUUUCUCGAUCCAUCCAUGAUCACUGUGAACGAUGCCAUCGCCAAGGAAGCGGUGGCUUCCGCCAUCUUCGACUUGGUUGCCAAGGACAUGCGAAUCCCGCGGGAGGUCGUGGUGCGGGCACUCGUGACGACCUCCACAGACCAGCACGGCCGCCCGGUGCUGUCGGUGGCCGAUCCCUUCAUCGCCGCCUUCCUUAUGGGCCAGCUGUACUUUGCCAACCGAUACGAGAUCGCAGACGGACCUCCCGUGCACGUGAGUGCUACGUCGGUGGUUGUGCUCGCAAUCGAUCACGGGUUGUGCAGUCAGUUGUAUGACGAGUACAAAGACGAGGGAAUGCUUUAUUUGGACGGAUUCAUAGCGUGCAAUUCGAUUCUGUGCCAGUUGUUGGCCACCACAUCGCCGCUAACACGAUCUCGACCUCGUGUAUCGCAUGGGUUUGGAACCGGACCGCCGCCGCCGCCAUCUACUGCCGCGGCAUAUGGUUAUGGUCGAUGCGAUACUGUGUUACUACCUCCGAAUGACGACGACAUGAUGACAACAUGGACCAAAGCAUUCGAGCUGUGGGAUUCGGAUCCACCUGAUGAUGCUGGGGGCAGUGGCGGCGGUGGCCUCUCUAGUCAUACGUUUCGACGAUACUGCGACCAAACGUACGGAGUGCAGCUGCAUGUAGCGCUCAAGUUUAUGAAACAUGAAGACAGCUACCGCCGCGAAAUCUCACAGCGUCGGCAUGUCCAUGCCAAGUACAUCCUUCCGCUACUGCCUUCGUUCGCACUCGAUGACGAUGACGUGGCAUCCCCGACGACGACUAGCCAUCACGUGACGUGCUCUUCUGUUGGCAAGGGCCAAACGCUGUCCUUGGCAGACUAUCCCCAUGUAGUCGCCAUGCCAGCUGGAGACCGCACUCUGCAUGACAUCCUAGUCAAAGAACGGCCCGGCCGCGGCGAUAUCCAAGCCAUGUUGCUGAAUGUCGCGCAAUGUUUAGCGCAUUUGCAUGGCUGUGGGAUUGUCCACGGUGAUGUCAAAGCCCUCAACGUCCUUCGAGUGCACCACCAGCUAAAACUGAUCGAUUUGGACGCGGCUACCCCCGUCGGCGAGUUUUUUCAGCGAUCCACGUGCACCUCGGGAAUCCUGCCACCAGAAAUGUUUGUGCAUCUCGACACCACGACCGCCAUGCGCCAACACUACGAAGCGUACUGCCGCCAAGCUGGAGAUGCGACUGGUGCUGCUGCUAUGUGGCGUCAACAUCGUCCCAGAUCGGGGUACGUCGUUCGACUGGACCCUGUCGCAGACUCUCAGCCAUCACAGCCGAACAACUCUGUGGAACUACCGUACGCGUUGAUUCCCAUGUCUCCGUCGAUGGACAUUUGGGCGUUUGGGUGUCUCGUGUACUUGCUUGUGACAGGGUUACACCUCGUUCCCACGGAUAUCCAUCUCAACAUCCCAGCAGAAUACAUGGCCGUAGCUGCGACAUGGACAGAUUUGGCGUUGGAUGUGAAACUUGAGGCAAAUGUCGACGAUAUCGCAGCCAGAGAUUUACUGCGUCGGCUCCUGCGGGUGGACCCCGCGCACCGAAUAUCCAUGGCGGCGGCGCUAGAUCAUCCGUAUUUCACAGCCCAAACUUGCGACAACGUGUCAUUGGAUGAUGGCGGCGACAAGGCAUUCUGUACGAUCGAGGAGACGAAACCGCCCACGGUGUCACAUAUCCCAGACAAAAAGCAUGUCCAUGCAGCUUGUGAUUACGACGACAUAGCUCUGAAAUGUCGUGAGCCAUCUCCUUCGUUGGUGGUGGAAACAUCCCCCCUUGUCACACCCACACAAGCCACGAACGCGGAACAGUGUCGCAGCCACCCAACUUUGUCGAAACAAAACACCAUGUUGGUCGAUCAUGAUCCUCAUCUGACACGACCCCAUCCCGACGAAUCAUCCCCGUCGUUUGUGCUGUUGCCCAUGUCCCGAGUCCAUGCGAUACCGUUCGUAGGCAACGACGCCGCCAUCUGGACUUCAUUUGUCAGCCAUUUCCACUCGACAUGCCACGCUGUCGCAGCUGCCAUGGCGGCCGGCCUCCCCAUCGAUGCACCGCUGAAACAGCUCAACCACGGCCACAGCUUGUACUUGUAUCUGCUCGACGAUGUCACAGGAGACCUCGUCCCAACUGCGACAACGUCCAACUCGGCAGCGUCAUCAUCAGUGUACCCUAUCGAAAUCCGGCCCACAGACUUGGAGUUUUUAGCCAUGAGUUUGCCGCUGGCGCUAGCUGGCUUGGCUACGUUUAGUCGACACCAUCAACAGCAGCAGAGACUGCUACUGACGGUGGCGGGGAACCACGGGGCCCUUGCCGAUGGAAUCGUCGCCACGACGACGAGUACUAGUACUAGUACUACUAGUACCAGUCUCCCGGAGAUCCAGUCAGUGACGUUUGGCGCAAUGUGGCGGGCGAUACGAGGCGACUCGGCUGUGACACCGUUGCAUGUUCGACAAGCUGUACUGCACGCAGUAACCAGGUGGUUUCACGCCCGAGACCCCCGCCAUACGUUUGGGGGGCUCACGCGCACUUGGACUGAGCAUGGGGACGUUGUGUGGACAGCCAAGGUGGAGGAGCUGGUUAUACUAGCUACACAAGAAACCAAGUCUCAACACGACGACGACCGCCACCACCUGACGAUGCAAAAGCUCCUGCGACAAGUGCUCGCGAGUGAGUCUGGCCACAAUACUGACAUGUGUGACAAGGUGGCGCCGCCAGUUCCAAUUGUCGCCACGUUCAGUGGAGCAAGCUGCAGCCCCGACCAAUGCGUGGUCAUGUAGAAGUGUAAUUUUUUAGUCAUGUUUGAGGGAAUUAAAUAUAAAACCUACUGUAGUAGUCCUAGUAAUAAGUACU